CGGGCGAGUGGCGAGCGAAGUUGCGAGCGAGGCGUCUAGUGGAUCCUUGGCGAAGGGCCAUGAGCCACACGCUGCCGCGCGCCGGGAAGCCCGCGGCGGAGGCGGGAGCCAGCCGCCCCGCCAGCCUCUACGACAACCUGCAGCGCAGCGCGAGCGGCGGCCUGGCCGGGGGCGGCGGGGGCGGCGACUGCGCGGCGGGGCACUCGCAGGCCGUCUACCUCGCCACCACCGUGCCGCAGAACAUGGCGGCCAUCGACAUCGCCGGCCGACACGCGCCCACCAGGAACUCGCUGCGCCACAGCCGCAUGAUCGUGCUGCGGCAAGUGUCGCGCAAGUACCAGCCGCCCGUGAUGCGGCGCCACAAGCUGGCCACGGGGCUGGUGGCCCUGCAGGCGCUCAUGGGCGUGGCUGUGGCCACGCUGGCGCUGUGGCUGCUGCUGUGGGCGCCACACCUGCGCAUCAGGGACAUCCCGUACUGGAGCGGCGUGCCGCUGAUCCUGUCCGGAGUGUUCGGCCUCCUACUUCUGUGCUGCUGUCGCAAAGAGUAUCCGGGCAUGCCUCUCGGCUUCUUCGUUUAUGGCAUGAAGGUGUUCAGCGUGUUCCUCUCCGUGGUGGCCGGCUGCGCCUGCUUCUGCGCCUGCGUGUUCUCGCUGCUGCACCUCGUGUUCCUGUCGCAGAUGGACUGCCGGCCGCCGCCGCGCUCGCUGAGCAACGCGUGCGUGUGCAGCGCCGGCUCCGAGGCGGCCGUGGAGCCGGAGCGCGUGUACCACUACACCGACCUCAACUGCGGCGACCUGGGGGUGCUCAGCGUGCUGCUGGUCGGCUCAUGCGCCGCCAACGGCAUCGGCGGCAUCCUCGCCAUGUGGUACGUGUUCCUGCACUGGAGCAGCCGCUACGCCUUCCUCUACGCCGAGGUGCGCGCCGACGCGGACUCGCCCGGCGUCAUCUCCAACAAGGCGCCCAGGAAGUGAAGGCGACCUUCCUCGAUCGUUCUCAUCUCUCCGCCUUUAGUGAGAGGCCGUGCCCAAACCUGGUUGCUCCACAGAAGUCAACCACCAGGAGGUAUUCUGGUUACUCCAACUAUGUUCACGGCUGAGGAACACAUGGCAAGAACCCGGUAGUCCAUGAAAGAUAACCAACAGGCGGCCAAAACCUGGUUGGUCACCAGGAGAUCUUAUUAUCUCUCCACAUAUUGUUCGUGAUUUAAUAUUGUCCAAUGCCUCAAGAUAAUGAAUAGGCUGCCAAGACCUGGUUGGUCUACGAAAUAUUAUCACCAGGAAAUUUUAGGAGCACUCUAGCUAUGCUUACAAUUGACGAUUGCCCUUUGUCUCAGAGGAACAUGUAAAAAUAUGGUCAGUUCCUGGAAGAUAACCAGCAUGAGAUCUGAGCACUGCAUCUAUCGUUUAUGACUGACAACUAUCCUAUGCCUCAGGGUAACCGCUCUGAAAACGUGGUUGAUCUACGGAAUAUAACCGCCAGAAGCCCCUUUGAUAAUUCUACUGUUCGUGGCUGAAGAUUGUCCUGUGCCUCAAGGUAGAAGGUGGCCAAAAUCUGGUCGAUCCAUGGUAAAAAUAACGAAUUUUCUGUCAGUUAGCUGGACUGCAUACGAACUACAAACCUUCAGCUAUGAGUCUCAAGAUUCAAACAUCACUCGACCAACUGCUCUUUAAACGAUAGCGUUAAUCACUCGUAGCAGCAAUGGGAGGAUAUCAUAAAACGCGAUCAUCAGCUAUCGUCUUCUGUAAAAGAAUAGUGUUUUUUGCGUAAGUAAAGCAAAAUGGGCUUCAAACGGCAGUGAUCUCAUUAGUAUCCUUGCUGCAGGACCAUUUUUAUCUAUUCAUAAUUUACGAACUCGAAUACGAUGCGUAAGCCAGCAAUAUGCUUGAGGACAACUAACUCCAGUAAGAAUCUGUGUCCAGUAAGCAUGUAAAUUUUCAGGGUGGAACCUUGGAAUACCUACCAAAACCUAUUAAUCUACGAAAAUAAAAACUCGACAUACUUUAUUCUUCAAACUCUUUGGAAGAGUGGCAAGUAUAAGUGAAACCGCUCUCUUCGUGUGAUGCGAGAACGGCGUAGCGAAAUACGAAAUGGCUAGGAGACUACUAGCUUUCGACAUCUGUAACGAAUGAACUAUGAGUGAUAGAACGAUAAGGAUCUUAAGAAUGUAUUCAUAACAGUCAGUGAGUCACUGGAAAAUAUUCCAUAUUGUUAUAGUCAUGACAGAGUAACAGUCGAUUCGGGUUUCAUCGAACAAAAUACGAAUUAGCCGAGUUGCAGCAUGAAGGAUUUAUUUGAUUAAACAUUACAAAAACAUAAAUUUCAUAUGUUAGUAAAGUGUUAUUAUAUGUGCUAAGUUUAUAUUGCAACGUUGUGUUAAAAAAUGCUUAAAUACACAUGUUUGCAUUUUUUGUGCGUGGUUUUCAAUUUCUUACUUAGCCUAUUUGGCAGAGUACAUAGCAAAUACUUUGCUAUACAGUUACAUUAUUCUUGCACUACUAAGUUUUCCAGAGCAUUUACAUACACAUUUUAGGCAAAAUGUCCUCUCCAAAGUUUAGAAAGGAUAUUUUAAAUACUAUAAAUUGACUUUUUUUUUUCCUUCAGUGAGUCCAUAACAAGGAGAUACGAUUUCUACAAAAUUAUAUUAUCACAUUUAAUAUGGUAAGUUAACAUAGUGCAGUCUCUUGGUUUUCUAUGAUUGAUAAUUUACUGUUAAUUACGAACUUAUUUACAUGCAUACUGACACCCACUAGCUUCCUUUCAACUGUUUGCUGACUAAUUCAUAAUUGUAAAUAUAUAAAAUUUCUUAGCUCUGCAAGUUGUGUCAGUGUAAAACUUUUGGUUUUACAUUCUUAAGGAACAUUCUCCUAGGCAAAAUAGAACAACAUAUUUUUUUUAAUUUUAGUCCUGCAUUGUACCUUAAUUGUUGUAGUGCUUCAAUUUGAACAAAAUGACCCAUGUAAAUUUUUGAUAUAUUAAAGACUGCUUUCAUAGUAUUACUAUAAACUUUUAUAUAUUGUAAAUAUAUAUAUAAAUGGUAUGUGUAGAUGUGUUCUGACGAUUAUUUUGUAAUAAAGAUGCAAGUGGCAAGUAAAGAAAUUAUUGAAUACAUAUAAGAAGAUGUUAUUCUAUAUAUUUUCCCAUCUACCUUGCCAGUUCUACG